AUGCCCCCUAAAUCCAGUGGUAAAGCAGCUAAGAAGGUCGGCAAAGCCCAAAAGAACAUUACCAAGGGCGAUAAGUCGAAAAGACUCCAUCCCAACACCGGUAUCUCCUCCAAGGCCAUGAGCAUCAUGAAGAGUUUCGUCAACGAUAUCUUCGAACGUAUUACCGCCGAAGCCUCUCGUUUGGCCCACUACAACAAGCGCUCAAAAAUCACCAGUCGGGAAAUGCAGAUCGCCGUCCGUCUAUUGUUGCCCGGUGAAUUGGCUAAGCACCCCGUCAAUGGAGGUACCACAGCUGUUACUAAAUACACCAGCUCCAAGUAA